CAAUCUUUUACCUAUACUUUUGUCCCUCACCUGCUCUCACUCUACCUGUGUAGGAUUCUCUACAGUUUGGGAGAUCGUCUGUCCCUCACCUGCUCUCACUCUACCUGUGUGGGAUUCUCUACAGUUUGGGAGACCGUCUGUCCCUCACCUGCUCUCGCUCUACCUGUGUGGGAUUCUCUACAGUUUGGGAGACUGUGGAUACAGUAUCCAGUGAAAGUAGGGAGCCCGCGGAGGAAUCAUAGGAACCAGAUUGGGAGCCAGCAGAGGAAUCAUAGGAACCAGAUUGGGAGCCAGCAGAGGAAUCAUAGGAACCAGAUUGGGAGCCAGCAGAGGAAUCAUAGGAACAAGAUUGGGAGCCAGCAGAGGAAUCAUAGGAACCAGAUUGGGAGCCAGCAGAGGAAUCAUAGGAACCAGAUUGGGAGCCAGCAGAGGAAUCAUAGGAACCAGAUUGGGAGCCAGCAGAGGAAUCAUAGGAACCAGAUUGGGAGCCAGCAGAGGAAUCAUAGGAACCAGAUUGGGAGCCAGCAGAGGAAUCAUAGGAACCAGAUUGGGAGCCAGCAGAGGAAUCAUAGGAACCAGAUUGGGAGCCAGCAGAGGAAUCAUAGGAACCAGAUAACAAACGACCCAACUAUGUCAAAAGAGGGGGACAGAGCAUCAGUGUUGAAGACCUCUAAGGUUCGGACCAAGCUGAAGGGAGAUGCCAGCUGGAUGCAGAGACUCAGUGAACCUCAGUCUGAAACAGAGGAGGAGAAACCAUGGAUGGCAGAAGUUAAAGUGAAUCGACUGAAUGGAGCCCCUAUAGACACCAGCCCAAUAGCCUCUCCAACAUCCAAGACCCCUCCCUCCCCCACCAGACCUGCAGAAAAUGGUUGUACUGACAAACCACCAGAAACCUCCCUGACCACAGAUGUUACAUCUUUUGUGGCUAAAAGGGUGGUGAUCACAGACAAUGAUGACUCUGUCUUCACCAAGACUCCCUCUGUCCCCAAAGAACCAGCUGCACUAUCUGUGAAAGGUGUCCCUCCUGUUUCUGUGAAAGACAUCUCUCCUGUAUGUGUGAAAGAUGUCUCUCCUGUAUCUGUGAAAGACGUCUCUCCUGUAUCUGUGAAAGAUGUCUCUCCUGUUUCUGUGAAAGACGUCUCUCCUGUAUCUGUGAAAGACGUCUCUCCUGUAUCUAUGAAAGACGUCUCUCCUGUAUCUGUGAAAGAUGUCUCUCCUGUAUCUGUGAAAGACGUCUCUCCUGUAUCUGUGAAAGAUGUCCAUUCUGUAUCUGUGGAGGACAUCCAUGUAUCUGUGAAAGACGUCCUCCUUUCAAGCCCUGUCAUAGUUGACACCCCAGCAGUGAUUGACCCUUAUGAGGGCAUGAAGCCAGGGCGUACCAAAGUGGCCACUGAGCUGUCCCCAGAGAGUAGUGUCCCGUUGAAAGUAGUCUCCCCAGUGUCCCCUGUCCCAUACAAACCAGUGAAGACAGAUCCUGCCCCAGUGGACACUCUGACAGCCCUGUCUGACACACUCAUCUCCUUCGACACAGGUUCAUCCAGCUCCAGAGUCCCUGACCCAGUAGGGACAGAGACAGCAGAGCCAGAGGACAGAUUGCAUGGUGAGCCAAUCCCUCAGCUCAUGGUUGAUGAUCUCCUCUCUCUCACUAAUGGUCUAGAAGAGGAGUUGGUAAAGCCCAUCCCUCCCAGCCCAGGAUCGAGGAGUCAGGAGCUUCUCAGUGGAUCAGACAGAGAUAUUGUCUCGACAGAGGUAGUGUCCCCUGACAGUUCGACCCCUAGUACUGACUCCAGUGAUUCACCGUGGGAUAGAUGGAGUGCACCAACUGUCUAUAAAGAGAAGGAGGACAGAGACCCAGAGCCUUCAAUGGACCGUUCAAGCUCCUACUCCAGGACCUUGGACAGUUCUGCCAACCAGAGACCCAAGGCACCAGACACAGAGUCCAAGAAGUGUUUUGUGUACCUGAAGGAGUAUGUGGACGUUACAGAUCUAACCAAGCACAACACUAGAGACAACGAUCCUGACUAUGUAACGUCUAGUUCUACCAGCCAUUCCUACAGUAGCCCCUCCUCUUACACCAGGUCUACCAUGACGUCUGCCUGUACGUACUGUGGAGAGCAGGUGGGCAACGAUGCCAAGAUCACCAUCGAGCACCUCAACAUCUCCUGCCACCCAGCCUGCUUCAAGUGUGGUGUUUGCAGUAAGCCAAUGGGGGACUUUCUGUUCAACAUGUUCCUGCACAAAGGGACAGUCCACUGUGAGAGCUGCUAUACCAACGUCUUGUAGGAUGCUUCCUUUCCUUGUCUCCUCGUCUCUUUUCCUUCAUGGCCACUGAGAGGUGACAAGACUGGAUGGUUGAUAUAACUGCUCUUUCCCAUCAAGACCUGUCGUCUGCUGACAGACACAGGGACACUGCACCUUGAGUUUGACACGAAUUUCCAUGUGUGAGAUUUUGUUUUCAUACCUUUGUAUGGAUCUGAAUUUCAUGAGGUUAACACUGGAAUUCUAUGGCAGUUACUCUAUGGUUUAAAGAGAAUAAUAUGAUCAAAUUACUGAUAUUGUCUUCCGUCCAUUUGAAUGACCACUUUUUUUGGUCUUUUUUUCUCCUUAAAGGCCCAGUGCAGUCAAAAAACGUGAUUUCCUAUGUUUUACAUAUACUGUAUUUCCAUGCUAUGAGGUCGGAAUAAUACUACGAAAUUGGGAAAAUUAUGAUAAUUCUCUUUGUGUGUGUUGGAAAAAUGAUGAUUAAAUGACUGAACAAAUCAUUUUAAAUGGAACUGUAUAACUAAGUAAAACUUAUACUCUGUUUUAUUAUAUCUGAUUAACAAUAUGAGUUCAUAAGAAGGGAUUGUGAGACACAGACAAGGAGUAAUUAAAGUUUAUGAACACCAUUCCAACUAGGAAGAAAGGAAUGGGUUGUGGAUUAAGUAAACAGAUAAGGUAGUUAACCUAUGGUUGAACCGAUGAAACUGAGCUCUGGGGUUUUUAGAUAACCUAGGAAUGUCUUUUCUGUUAAUUAGAACUGUCAGUUCAGUGGGGAUCGAUAAUGUUGAGGGGUCAAAAGUUACCUGGGAGUGUGUUAAUAAGUUAGAAUGAACUUUUCACCUCACUUUGUCCCUGUCGAGAGGAGGGGUUUCUGUUAAGCAAUGAAAUGACGUCAUGUUUUGUAUAUAAACUGUUGAUCGUGGUGAAGUGGCAGCGCGCUCCGAAUAAAUUCUGUUACCUAUUAUUGAAAA